AUGUCCAACAUCCUCACAACCCUCGGGCUUCGCGCUGCCUCUGGCCAGGAGCAGCCUCCCAACUAUGCCACCGUCUACCUGCUCGCCAACUGGUUUUAUGCGUAUGUCAUCCUCAGCAGCCGGGCGGUGAAACGCCUGCGAGGCAUCGACCACAACGCGGCACCCCGAGAAGAUCUCAACAAAUACGGCGACGUGGCCGUGCAGUCGGGCAAAAUGUACCGGCGGGCUCUCAACCACCCCACCUGCUGA